GAUAUGGGGCGAGCACGGGCAGAGGGCGUUGGAGCAGGCGCGCGUGUGUCUGCUGACAGCAGGGCCGACGGGCACGGAAGCUUUAAAGAAUUUGGUGCUGGGAGGGAUAGGCUCCUUCACCGUCGUGGAUGGCGCCACUGUGGAGGCCCACGAUUUGGGGAACAACUACUUCCUGGACCGCACCCACCUGGGCACGUCACGAGCGCAGGCGGUGACAGCGCUGCUGCAGGAGCUGAACGAGAGUGUGGCGGCGAGGUUCGUGGAGGAGAGCCCAGCCACGCUCAUUCAAGACAACGCCACGUUCUUCAGCGAGUUCACUCUUGUCAUCGCCACCCAGCUGCCGGAGUCAGUGCUACUGCAGCUGGACUCGGUGUGUCGGCAGCACGGCUGUCAGCUCAUAGUGGCCCGCUCCUAUGGGCUCAUGGGUCUCAUCCGCAUCUCCUCUACGGAGCACUGUGUGGUGGAGGCGAAGCCGGACAAUACAGUGGACGAUCUGAGGCUGCACAAGCCGUGGAAGGAGCUCAAAGAGUUUGCGAUGGGGUUCGAUUUGGACAUGGAGGAUGCGAUGCUGCACAAGCACAUCCCUUAUGCCGUCAUCCUGCUGCAGGCAGCACAGCAGUGGCAGCAGGGCGGAGGGAGAGGGGAGGAAGGGGAAGCAGGGGCAGGAGGAGCAGCAGCAGCAGGGGAAGAGGCGGCGCCGGUGGCGAUGCAAGCGGAUGGGGAGGGGCAGGGAGGGGCGAGCGAGCCGCGAGUGCUGCCUCGUGGUGCAGCAGAGCGGUCGGAGUUCAAGGCGUUAAUACCAGCACAGCAGAGGCACAUGAACGAGGAUAACUUCAAAGAGGGCCCUCUCAAGUGCGUUCUGACGCACCAGCUGCACAUUUACGAGGAUAACUUCAAGGCGGCCCUUGGGUUGAUAGCAGCGCACCAGAGGCACAUGGACGAGGAUAACUUCAAGGAGGCGCUCGCUGCCGCGUACAAAGUGUGGUCGCCUCCCCCCAUAGGGUCGGAGCUGCAGGCCAUAUUCACCGAUGCAGCCAUGCAGCUCUCACACGCCUCCUCUGACUUCUGGGUGCUUGCUGCUGCGCUCAAGCUGUUUGUGGAGAAGGAGGGGGAAGGGGACCUCCCUGUUGAUGGCGCCAUACCCGACAUGCACUCCCUCACAGAUUUCUAUGUGGCACUUCAGAGAAUCUACCUCAGCAAGGCGGAUGCUGACGUGGCAGCGGUGCAGCGCCACGUCAGCGAGCUGCUGAAGAGCAUAGGCAAGGACCCCGCCUCCAUUCCCCUCGCUACAAUCAAGCUCUUCUGCAAGAACGCGCGGAACCUGAGGGUGGUUCGCUUCAAGCCUUUGAGUGAGGAGUUUGGAGCAGGGGCGCGAGCUUGCAUUCCAACUCUGCAGCGGCUCAUGUCAUCCCCUGAUGGCAGCCAUGCAGCCCUGUAUGUACUCCUGAGAGGCGCCGACCACUUCUAUUCCCAGUUCCACCGCUACCCCGGCUCUUUCCCCGGUGACGUGGACGAUGAUGACGUGGCACGGCUCAAGAGCCUGGCAGGCACUAUUGUCAGUGGAGGUGGCAGCCCCAGCCAGUCACCUUCGAUUCCGGACGAUCUGACGGCUGAGAUGUGCCGGUUUGGUGCCAGUGAGCUGCACUGUGUUGCUGCUGUGAUUGGUGGGGUGGCAAGCCAAGAAGCAAUCAAGGGGUAUGAGGCCUCAUCAUCCGUUGGCAUGCUGUUGACCUUGAUCUGCUCCGGCUGCGCGCUUCACGCUCCUCCCUCCCUUCCCGUCGGCAACACUCGCGGCUCCGGCCCGCUCUUAGCGCUAGCGCUAGCCGCGUCGCAGUUUCUAGGCGAUGCCGCUUCCCAGGAAGCGGAGGCGUUAGUUAAAGCGUGGUCGGAAGCGUACGGGCUGGGCGCAGACUCUCUGCUUCCCCCUUCCGCCGUCUCCCUCCCCGCGGGCGUGCCCGCUGCGCCGCACCUGGAGGAUUGCGCGCGAGCGAGCGCGGAGCGGGAGGCGUGGGAGCGGAGAGGCGCGAGGGGAGAGGAGCCCGCUUGGACGCGGGAAGGGCCAAGGAGGUCGGAGGCUGCUGCUAGUGGUGGGUGCUCGGGGCAAGAGCAGGGGGAGGAGGUCCCGCAGCCGCCAUGGAUCAGAGGGCCGGAUGAAGCCAAUCUGCCGCUGACACGUGUCGUGCAGAGGGACAUCUGGCGGCAUCAGUUCCCACCUGGGGAUUGCACCGACAAGCGCCUGCUCAUUGCCAAGUGGCCCAAACCUGGUGGCCAUGGGGCUGGCUCGCAGGUGCAUGUGAUGUCAGCCAUGCUCAGCCUGGCCAUGCUCAACAACAGAGUGCUCGUAGAAGACCCCGACACCUACCUGCGCGCCCGCACGCCUGACUGCGAAGCCGUGGGGCACAACAGUCGGUGGGACUGCUACUUCUUCCCCAUCACCUCAGUGGAGUGCCGACGAGUGGUUGUACAGCAGCUAGUCACCAACACACUCCCCGACUGCGCUGGCAUGGGCUUUGAGGCCGCUGCUGCCUCGCCCGAUCGCUUUGUGUGCAUCGGCAUGGCGAAUUCUAUGGAGUCCUCUGCUGCUAGGUGGGUGGAGGAGUGGGAGGGGAAGGAGGAGGAGGAGGAGGAGGAGGAGGAGGAGGAGGAGGAGGAGGAGGAGGAGGAGGAGGAGGAGGAGGAGGAGGAGGAGGAGGAGGAGGAGGAGGAGGAGGAGGAGGAGGAGGAGGAGGAGGAGGAGAGCAGCAACCUCGACGAGAUGACAAAACAGGGAUGGAAAUUUUCUCUCUGUUUCCCCCCUUCCUCUGUUUCCCCCCUUCCUCUGUUUCUCCCUUCCUCUGUUUCUCCCUUCCUGGCAAUGGUACCCUUAACAGGACCCUGUGAGGCGACUCUGUGGGGCGACGCGUAUCUGAACAGCACAUGCACUGUGGAGGCAGAGGGGCGACUCAUGCCUCUUGACCCUGAACUUCGCAAGGUGACUGACUGUAAGGGGUGCACUGAUGGCGGUCUCAGGCGUUGCGUGCACUGGUGGUGGGCGCAGGCAGUGCGAUUCAUUGCUCGAGUUAUUCCUAUUAUGUUCCCCCUCCCCCUCGCCAGGUGCACUGGUGGUGGGCGCAGGCGGUGCGAUUCAUUGCUCGAGUUAUUCCUAUUAUGUUCCCCCUCCCCCUCGCCAGGUGCACUGGUGGUGCACUGGUGGCGGGCGCAGGCGGUGCGAUUCAUCAUGCGGUGGCCGUCGGCGCAUCUCUGCCACGUCACCAACCAGGAGAGGCACCGCGCUUUCGGCACACUCUCAGCCAAUCACGUCGCUCGCUUCCUUCUUACCCAAUCAGAAGCCCUCUCCUCUCUCUCUCACAGCACCGCCCCUGCUGCUUCUGCCACCUCUGCUUCUGCCACCUCUGCUGCACCUACCGCACUCAACGUCCCAGCUAAUGCAACUGACUGGGAAGCAAGGAGGAGAAGAGCAGCAGACCGAUUGGCGGCUCUUGCAAGUUCAUCCUUGUCCUUCCAUCCAGACGCCACUGGCAGUGCCACAGGGGGUGGUGACAAUGGCAAUGCCAACAGCACGGAUGCCAGCUGGUGGCUGGGAGUGGAGGAGCCGUACAUGCCGCGGCCUAUAGUGAGUCUGCAUGUAAGGGGUACGGACAAGUUUGCAGAGAUGGGCCUGACCUCUCUGGACUCCCACAUCUUCCACAUGAACCGCCUCCGCCACCAUGAGCUCGACCUCUCCCACGUCUGGCUCAACACUGAGACCCAGGCCAACGUGGACCGAGCAGCGGAUCAGCCCUCAUGGACUUUCUUCUACUCGUCCAACGCGCGGCAGCAGGCCGCAGCGGGGUCGCUGCGGCAGUACGAGCGCGAUCAGUCCGUGGCGGUGAGCUUUGCAAGCGUGCUGAUUGCUGCGCAGUGUGACUACUUUGUCGGCAGCCUCGGCUCCAACUGGAGUCGCCUCAUGAACGAGCUGCGCUCCACCAACGGCCGCUUGCUAGCCGGCUUCGUGGCCGUCAAUUUUGGGGAGUGGUAG